UUUAUAUAAAUUUACAAACAUGGCGACUACCUUUGCGAAUCCCACUCAACUGCUCCCUUUGGAGCUGGUGGACAAAUGUAUAGGCUCCAGAAUUCACAUCAUCAUGAAGAAUGACAAAGAGAUUGUGGGCGUUCUACUUGGAUUUGAUGACUUUGUCAACAUGGUCCUCGAAGAUGUGACUGAGUUUGAGAGCACCUCUGAAGGCAGACGAGUGACGAAGCUGGACAAACUGUUGUUAAAUGGAAACAACAUUACAAUGUUGGUUCCCGGAGGAGAAGGGCCCGAGGUGGCGUGAGGCCACACAAACCUGUUUGGAUAUAUUACACUUGUGGACUUGUGUAUGGGGAAUGAAAGGCACUGUUGUUGUGGCGCUCCAUGAUGGUGUGGCGACAGAAUCUGCUUGUGUGAUCGAGUUCAGCUAGAUUUUUAUGUACAACCCACCACUUUGUUUAAAACAAAAAGUUUUCUCAAUUUAUAAAAUA